AUGUCUCCCCCACAGCUAUUGCUUGGGCCCAGCUAACUACACCUGACUGCCCAAAGCUGCUCGGUGCCUUCAGGCCGGAGAACGCCGGAGGAGAGCUCAAGGAUGGGCAGCACCACUACGAGGGAGCCGUCGUCAUACUCGAUGCCGGAGCGCAGUAUGGAAAAGUCAUCGAUCGUCGGGUGCGCGAGCUGUUCGUCCAGUCCGAGAUCUUCCCGUUGGAAACGCCAGCCUUUGCAAUCAGAGAACAAGGCUUUCGAGCUAUCAUUAUAUCUGGAGGACCAAACUCUGUGUAUGCAGAAGAUGCACCAUGGUUUGACCCAGCAAUAUUUACAAUAGGAAAACCAGUUCUUGGAAUCUGCUAUGGCAUGCAGAUGAUGAAUAAGGUAUUUGGAGGUACGGUGCACAAGAAGAGUGUUAGAGAAGAUGGAGUGUUUAGCAUUACUCUGGAUAACACAUGUUCACUGUUCAGGGGCCUUCAGAAGGAAGAACUUGUACUCCUCACUCAUGGAGAUAGCGUGGAUAAAGUAGCUGAUGGAUUCAAAGUGGUUGCACAGUCUGGGAACAUUAUAGCAGGCAUAGCAAAUGAAUCUAAAAAACUGUAUGGAGCACAGUUCCACCCUGAAGUUAGCCUCACAGUGAAUGGAAAAAUGAUCCUGAAGAAUUUUCUUUAUGAUAUUGCGGGAUGCAGUGGUACCUUUACAGUGGAAAACAGAGAACUUCAGUGCAUUCAAGAUAUCAAAGAGAAAGUGGGCUCAUCGAAAGUGCUG